AUGGACCCUCAGUAUGCUACCGUUGACCAGUUAGCUGAGAUUACCGAUACCAUGGCGUCACUUACGGACGUUAUCUUGGGACUGGGUCAGAGGAUUGAUGGGCACCAGGCCCAGCCAUUGCCGAUUCCAGGGAGCACCCUGCAUGACUCUACCACACCACCACCACCACCACCACCAUCUGGGCCAUCUGGACCUACUAUACAACAGGACUACAUAGUUCCACCACCACCACCACCGGUUCAGUCAGCUCCCCAGGCUGGUGCAUUUGUGUUGCAUGGUCAGACUGAGACUACGCCGCAUUCUGUUGUGGCACCGGCACAGAUUGUUGAUGAUACCCAGGCUCGGAUUGACAGGAUUGAGCAGAGGAUGAGAUCACUACAUGUUUCUGAUGGGAUGAUGAGGUGGGAUGGAUAUGAUGAUCUGCCAAUAGCAGCUUUGCCUGUUGAGUUCCGCAUGCCGGACAUUGAGAGAUACACGGGGAUAGGGUGCCCCCGCAUUCACUUGCAGUUAUACAGCACUGUUAUGCGCGGGCAUAGACUGGAUGAGACACAAAUGAUUAUGUUAUUCCCUCUAUCAUUGAGUGGUGCUGCUCAGCGUUGGUUUGCCUCAUUGGACCCUUCGAGACGUAGGACAUGGGCUGAUUUGGGACAGGAGUUUAUUAGACAGUAUUCUUUCAAUACUAUAGUGGAUGUAUCCCGGAGGGAGUUAGAGGCCAUCAGACAAGGGCCGGAUGAGUCAGUCACUUCAUUCAUUUCUCGUUGGAGGGAGAAGAUAGCACAGAUUAUUGAUAGACCUUCAGAGCGCGAUCAGAUGAGUAUGAUUAUGCGUAGCCUUCAGCCCCGCUUUGCUAGGCAUCUCAUGGGCUUCCCUCAGACAGACUUUGGCUCGUUAGUGCAAGCCCUCUAUGGUAUUGAGGAGGGUAUAUCUAGAGGUUUAUGGGCAGAUUCUUCCCCUUCAGACUCAAAGGGGAAGAAGUCGGGAUCAGGCCCCAGGCCCUCAGAUGUUGGUACUAUUGGCAUGACAGGACACCGGUCUUCACGUCGUCCUCCGUUUCAGAGUCAGUUUUUUGGCACUCCUUAUCAGAUGAUACAGCAUGAUCAGUAUAGACCAGUUGCUCCCAUUAGGCCAGUAGGGCCUACUUAUCUACAUCCGCCACCACAGCCGGUAUAUGCUACAUAG